AUGGCGACUCUCGACGGUAAUUCUUCCGGUAAGGAGGAGGGAAACAUCUCUCAGGAGGAGCACGUUGAGAAGGACCUCCAUACCGCUGCCGAAGAGGGCGUAGCAGCAACCGACAGUCGCGGCGUGUCUGUUACGGAGUUUGACCGCGUAGCCGAAAGGAAGCUCCGGAAUAAGAUAGAUUUGAUGAUAGUUCCAACGGUGGCUGUCUUAUAUCUAUUCUGCUUCAUCGACCGCUCAAACAUAGGCAAUGCAAGACUCGCUGGGCUCGAAAAAGAUUUGGGCAUGAAGGGCAACGACUACAACGUGCUCCUCUCCGUCUUCUACAUAAGCUACUGCCUCUUCGAGGUCCCGUCCAACUUGGCGUGCAAGUGGCUCGGUCCCGGCUGGGUCAUUCCCACUCUUUGUCUCGGCUUCGGCGUUUCCUCGCUUGGCAUGGCUUUCGUUCACAAUCUGCCGGCGGCCUGCGGCGUUCGCUUCCUUCUUGGCGUCUUCGAGGCCGGUAUGAUGCCUGGCAUGUCUUACUACCUUUCCCGAUGGUACCGCCGCUCCGAAUUGGUGUUCCGGAUUUCUCUCUUCGUCGUUAUGGCGCCGCUCGCCGGCGCGUUUGGAGGGUUGAUCGCUUCCGGUGUUUUAACUCUAUCCCACAUCGGCGGUGUUACGGCUUGGCGUAUGAUUUUCCUCGUCGAAGGCAUCAUCACGAUCGGGUUGUCAUUGAUCUCGUUCAUCACGCUUACCGACCGCCCCGAGACGGCGCGUUGGCUUACGCCGGAAGAAAAGGCCUUAGCCAUCGCCCGUGUCAAGUCGGAACGUCUGGCGCAGACCGUGGUUCUCGACAAGGCGGAUCGCAGGAAGGUUUGGUUGGGCUUUUGGAACCCUGUUGUCCUAUCGACUAGUUUCGUCUUCCUCCUCAAUAACAUCACUGUCCAGGGUCUAGCCUUCUUCACCCCGACGAUCGUAGCCAGCAUCUAUCCACAUUACACAACGGUCCAAAAGCAGCUAUAUACGGUUCCACCCUACGUUGUCGGCGCUGCGUUCGAGGUCGUCAUCCCGCUCCUGAGCUGGCGCAUGGACAAGCGACAAGUCUUCAUGAUCCUCACCGCGCCUUUGACCAUGAUGGGCUACAUCAUGUUUCUCGCAAGUACCGACGCGAAGGUGAGAUACGCAGCGACUUUCUUCACGGCCGUCAGCUGUUUCGCCGUGGGCGCGUUGAGCAACGCGCAAGUCGCGGCGCAGGUUGUCAGCGACACAGCGCGCAGCGUCAGUCUUGCGACGAACAUGACGUUCGGGGCCCUCGGCGGCCUCGUCGCUACCUGGUCGUAUUUGUCCUGGGACGGACCAGACUAUCCCAUCGGCAACGGUUUGAACCUCGCUGCUUCCAGCUUGCUCUUCAUCGUAACUACGGCAACCUUGUUAUGGAUGAAAGCGGACAACAGGAGACGCGAGAAGCUCGACAUUAAUCAGGAGCUGGAAGGGUUAUCGCAAGCGCAGAUCGAGAGCCUUGAGUGGAAGCACCCUGACUGGAGAUGGAAACCGUAA